GCAGGGGCUGGGCACCAUCCACGCCUUCGGCAAGGAGCGCGAGUUCACCAACAAGUUCAUGGGACAGUUUGAUGAAAACUCAGCCGCCUUUUUCCUGUUUAAUUGUUCCAUGAGAUGGGUUGCCAUCCGUCUGGAUAGUCUUACAGUGACCAUCACGGCCCUGACGGCGGUGUUCGUGCUGGCGACGCAUGGCUCGGUGCCGGCGGCGUUCGCCGGCCUGGCGCUGGCGUACGCCGCGCAGCUGUCCGGCCUGUUCCAGUUCACCGUCCGGCUGAGCAGUGAGACCGAGGCGCGCUUCACCUCCGUGGAGAGGAUCGACGCGUACACGGCGACGCUGGACCAGGAGCGGCCGGCCGUCACGGACACCCGGCCGGCGGCCGACUGGCCGCGCCAGGGCCGCGUCACCUUCAGCAACGUGCGCCUGCGCUACCGGCCCGAGCUGCCGCUGGUGCUCAAGGGCAUCUCGUUCGACGUCAACGCCGAGGAGAAGAUCGGUAUCGUGGGCCGCACCGGCUCGGGCAAGUCCUCGAUCGGCUGUGGCGCUCUUCCGGCUGGUGGAGCCCGAGUCGGGCCGGGUGCUGGUGGACGGCGUGGACGUGGCGGCCGUCGGUCUGGCCGACCUUCGGUCGCGGCUGUCCAUCAUCCCGCAGGACCCGGUCCUGUUCCUCGGCACGGUCAGUGCGACCGCUACCAGCGGCUGCGGGCCAUAGCUAUCAAGGGAAAAUGGUACAAUCUGGACCCGUUCGAAGAUUACUCGGACGCCCAGGUGUGGCAGGCGCUGGAGCGGACCCACAUGAAGCAGAAGGUGGCCGCCCUGGAGCACCAGCUGAUGGCGCCCGUGCUGGAGAACGGAGAGAACUUCAGCGUCGGCGAGCGGCAGCUGAUCUGCAUGGCCCGCGCCCUUCUGAGGCACUCCAAGAUUCUGCUGAUGGACGAGGCUACGGCUUCGAUCGACACGGAGACGGACGCGCUGAUCCAGUGCACCAUCCGCGAGGCGUUCCAGAGCUGCACGCUGCUCACCAUCGCACACCGGCUCAACACGGUGCUGGCCUCCUCCCGGGUGCUGGUGCUGGAUGCUGGACAGGUGGUGGAAUUCGACAAACCGUCCGUGCUGCUCGCCAAGCCCAAUUCGAUCUUCGCUGGUAUGGUGGCGGCGGCCAACGCAGCAACCAACGCCGCCGGGGAACGCCACGGCAACGACGAGUCUGUCGCUCCGCCAACAGAUGGCGCGCCCGUCGGCCACGAGUCUGCGGAGCCACCGCCAGACGACCCCACCGUCGGUGGUGACUGA